CUCGUUUAUUAUCAUACACGUCAUUUUAUUGAAACAGAGUGGUCGCAAUAUUAAAUAUCACAGGAUCGAUGGAAGACUUUAAACGUUGAAUACAGUUAAAAAAAAAUAAAAAAAAUAUAACAAGCUGAAUAAUUUAUUUCUUUUCAUAUUUAUAUUAUUCAUCUUUAUUAGCUAUGUGUAAUUUAUUAAAUAUCUGUGCAAAAGUGAGUUUUAAAAAUGUCACGUUACGAAAUUCAGCGGUAAUUUCUACGGCGCGAAAUUUUAGUGUUAAAUGUCGACAUUACGGCAUAAACGUUGACAAGCGGACUCUAGUCAGCGCAGAGCGAAAAAAGCAGACUUUUUCAGAUAGAUCGCAGUUGAAGUAUGCCAGAAGACUUGUUGUCAAACUCGGCAGUGCUGUUAUUACCAGGGAAGAUGGUAAUGGCCUAGCUUUAGGACGAUUGUCUUCUAUAAUCGAACAGGUAGCAGAAUGUCAUCACGAAGGUCGAGAAUGCAUAAUGGUUACAAGUGGCGCUGUCGCGUUCGGGAGACAGAAGCUCACUCAGGAACUGCUCAUGUCCCUGUCUAUGAGGGAAACAUUGUCACCAAGCGACCACACACGAGAGGACGCGGGAAGCAUUUUGGACCCGCGGGCGGCGGCGGCCGUCGGCCAGUCGGAGCUCAUGUCGAUGUACGACGCCAUGUUCUCGCAAUAUAACGUCAAAAUUGCGCAGGUAUUAGUGACAAAGCCGGACUUUUACAAUGAGGAAACGAGGAAGAAUUUAUUCUGCACACUCUCCGAGCUGAUCUCAUUGAAUAUUGUGCCCAUCGUGAACACGAAUGAUGCUGUCAGUCCACCUAUGUACAUACACGACGAUACUGUGGUACCCGGAACCGGAAAAAAGGGUAUAGGUAUAAAGGACAACGACAGUCUCUCAGCAUUGCUAGCCGCUGAGAUACAAUCAGAUCUCCUCAUCAUGAUGUCGGAUGUGGACGGUAUCUAUAACAAGCCGCCGUGGGAGGAUGGUGCUCGCAUGAUACACACAUACACGUCGAAGGAAAGAGAUCAAGUGCAAUUCGGUCAGAAAUCUAAAGUUGGUACAGGAGGUAUGGAUUCAAAAGUGCAAGCAGCCACAUGGGCGAUGGCUCGGGGAGUAAGUGUAGUGAUAUGCAACGGUAUGCAAGACAAUGCUAUCAAAACGAUCAUCAGCGGACGUAAAGUAGGAACGUUUUUCACCGAUUCCGCAACUACUUCAGCAACUUCAGUCGAUGUUAUGGCUGAAAGUGCUCGAUCUGGUAGUCGAGUUCUACAAAAGCUAACUCCAGCCGAAAGGGCAUCAGCCAUUCAUACCUUGGCAGAUCUCUUACUGGAAAAGAAAGAGAAAAUUUUAGAAGCAAAUGCGAAGGAUUUAGAAGAAGCUACAAAAAGUGGCCUCGAAAAACCUUUAUUAAACAGGUUGUCGCUGAGUGAAGGAAAGCUCAAAACUUUAUCUAUAGGCCUAAAGCAGAUAGCUGACUCUAGCUAUGAGAAUGUAGGGAAAUUAUUAAGGAAGACAAAAUUAGCUGACAAUUUAAUGCUCCGACAAGUAACAGUGCCUAUAGGAGUUUUGCUUGUGAUAUUCGAAUCGAGGCCAGAUUCGUUGCCCCAAGUGGCAGCUUUAGCCAUCGCAUCAGCUAACGGCUUGUUAUUAAAAGGUGGCAAGGAAGCGGCCCAUUCCAACAAAGCACUGAUGGAUCUUGUCAAAGAAUCUUUACAAACAGUUGGAGCACAGGAGGCUAUAGAGUUAGUAUCGACUAGGGAGGAGAUAAGUGAUCUAUUGUCAAUGGAAAAGCACAUAGAUUUGAUCAUUCCUCGAGGCUCAUCAGAUCUUGUAAGAAGUAUUCAGAAACAAUCUCAACAUAUACCAGUGCUGGGUCAUGCUGAGGGUAUCUGUCAUGUCUACUUGGACAAAGACGCUGAUCCCGUCAAGGCUUUGAAGGUUGUUCGUGACGCAAAAUGCGAUUAUCCAGCAGCUUGUAACGCUAUGGAAACUUUGUUGCUCCACGAGGAUCACAUGUCUGGUCCAUUAUUUACGGAAAUAUGUAAUAUGUUGAAGAAUGAGGGCGUGAAAAUACAUGCAGGUCCAAGGUUGGCAAGUCAGCUAACGUUUGGACCACCAGCGGCGAGAACCAUGAAACACGAAUACGGUUCUUUGGAGUGUUGUAUUGAAAUAGUUAAGGAUAUGGACGAAGCGAUAGACCAUAUUCACAAAUUCGGAAGCUCCCACACAGAUGUUAUAGUCACAGAGAAUGAAAAUACAGCGAAACAGUUCCUAAGUUCAGUGGACAGCGCGUGUGUGUUCCACAAUGUGUCUUCUCGUUUCGCUGACGGCUUUAGAUUCGGUCUUGGAGCUGAAGUUGGAAUUUCUACAGCCAGAAUACACGCCAGAGGUCCGGUUGGUGUAGAAGGUCUUUUAACCACAAAAUGGAUCCUCGAAGGAACCGAUCACACAGCAGCGGAGUUCAAUGAAGGAAAACGGACUUGGUUACACGAAAAGUUACCCGUUAAUUGACUAAAAACGAAUAUAUUUAAAACUGUUUACAGUUAUAUAGUAAGUAGAUUUUUUAGUGACAAAUGUAAAAAUAUAUUACGAGUAUAACAAUUAUAUAUAAGUAAUAAAAUUGUUCAGUCGGAACGAAAGAAGAGAAAUGGUGUGUUUAUUAAUUAUUAUUUUUUAAACUAAAUCAUGUUUUAUACUUGCAGUACUCGCAUAAAUCAAUAUGAAAACGAUUAAAACAGAUAAAUAGUG